AUGGACUGGCAACUUCUGGGAUUGGCUCUUUGCCUCAGUUUGGCUUCCUCGGCUUCUGCAGACUGUGCCACUCAGUGUUCCACAUGUGCUCUUCAUGGCCAGGAGGUGGAGAAGCCCACCAGCCCAUUAAUCUGUUCUCUGGAGUGUCAGGGCUCUUUGCAGUCCAGCGCGGAGUGGGAGAAGUGCAGGAGGACGCUAUCGAUCUUCGCCCCUUUCCUCAUGGAAGGGGACUUCAAGAGGCUCUCCCAGGGGGACGAGGAGGAGAAGGCCGCCCAUGAAGGGAGUCCCAGCCCCUGGGAGCUGUAUACUGGGCCGGUCAAACGGUAUGGCGGUUUCAUGAAGAAGCUGGAUAAGAACAAGAUCUUCUCUCUGUUCCACGAGAACGCCCUGGCCAAGGGGGGUGUGAGCAAGAAAUACGGCGGGUUCUUCCGGAAGAUGGGGGAGAGGUCAGCCCCUGAGAUGGGGGCAGAGGAGGAUUCCCCGGGGAUGAUGGAUCUGGGCUACAAUGGGGAGGAAUCAGAGCUGGGGGCCCUCAAGGAGGAGAUGAAGCGCUACGGGGGCUUCCUUCGCAAGUACCCCAAGAGAGGCCCGGAAAUGGGGGGCACUGAAGAGGACGGGGAAGAGCUGGAGGACCUGCAGAAACGCUACGGGGGUUUCAUGCGCAGGAUCCGCCCGAAGCUCAAAUGGGACAAUCAGAAGCGCUACGGCGGGUUCCUGCGGCGCCAGUUCAAGGUCACCACAAGGUCGGAGGAAGAGCCCAACGCCUACUCAGGGGAGGUCUCCGACCUAUAG